AUGGAUUCUAGAAAUGAUUAUUCUUUACUCAGCUUUGUGUAUGGUGCUCUUGAUGAUAUUGCAAGAAAAAAUCAAUGGGACUUUAUGCAUAACAUAGCUAAUCAGGUAAACUUAUCUUGGAUUGUAAUUGGUGGCCUUAAUUUUAUCUUGUCACAGAAUGAAAAACAAGGUGUUAAUGAUGUUACUCAAACUUAUCUGGAUAAGUCUAAUGAUAUCAUAGAUAGUAAUAGUUUGCAUUCUAUAAAUUAUAUAGGCAAUCCAUUUACUUGGACAAACAGGAGACAAAGACAUGAGCUCAUCUUAGAAAGGAUUGAUAGAGUUGUUGCUGACUUAGAUUGGCAACACAAUUUUCCUUCUGCUAUAACAUAUCAUCUAGUUCCUUUAGCUAGUGAUCACUGUUUUAUUUUGUUAGAUAUUGCUAGAAUGGAUACUAAAACUCAUAAACCUUUUAGAGUAAACAAAAUGUGGUUCAGGGACCCUUCCUGUAAGGAAAUUAUAACACAUAAUUGGAAUGCUAAUAUUCAAGGUUCUGCUCCUUUCAAGUUAACUAAGGAUGUCUUUCAUACAAAACAGAUUCUUAGAGAAUGA